CUCACGAUUGGCAGGCGCGGGGUCGUGCCGACCCGAGCACCGGUUCCUGGGUCCCGGCUGGAGAUGGCGCCGGGCGGCUGGCGCUGGCUGCGCGGCCUGUGGACGGCCGGGCAACCCUUGUUCCAGGGCCGUGCGCUUCUCGUCACCAACACGCUGGGCUGCGGCGCGCUCAUGGUCGCUGGGGACGCCAUGCGCCAGUCCUGGGAGAUCCGCGCGCGGCCCGGCCAGAAGUUCAACCCGCGGCGCUCAGCAAGCAUGUUUGCGGUGGGCUGCAGCAUGGGCCCCUUCCUUCACUACUGGUACUUCUGGCUGGACCGCGUACUCCCCGCGUCGGGCCUCCAAGGCCUCCCAAACAUCUUCAAGAAGGUCCUCGUGGACCAGCUGGUGGCUUCUCCCAUGCUGGGCGUCUGGUAUUUCUUGGGCCUUGGCUGCCUGGAGGGCCAGACAUUCAGUGAGAGCUGCCAGGAGUUGCAGGACAAGUUCUGGGAAUUCUACAAGGCCGACUGGUGCGUGUGGCCAGCUGCGCAGCUGGUGAACUUCCUCUUCGUGCCCCCCCAGUUCCGGGUCACCUACAUCAAUGGCCUGACGCUUGGCUGGGACACAUACCUGUCCUACCUGAAGUACCGGAUCCCAGGCCCCCUGUCAUCCCCAGGCUGUGUGGCUCUGGGCACCCGAGCAGACUGAGCUGCCCACAUCUUCCCAGACCGGAUGCCAGACAGGGCAAGGCUGACCACCAGCUGCCCAGCCUCACAAUCAAAACGGGAACAGGCUUCUGCAGCAAGCCAGGGUCUUGGGCCUCUGGCUGAACUGCCCUUUCUAAGCCCAUUGCAGGGCCUCAGUUUCCCCAUCUGAAACAACCACAAAGAUGAACAGUCACCCUCCAGCCCUGCUCACCUUCUCAGCAAGAGCUUCAUCUGACCUGUGACCAAGAUGCCCCAUCUGCAGCAUGGUGCCCCAGGCCAAGCACCAAUCCUUCAACACUGCCGUGGGCCUGGCUGGGACCCAGCAGCCAGACUGGGGCUCCCUCAGAUCCUGGAACCAAGUCAAGGACAUGGUCCAUCCCCUCUGAGCAGGGGCUGACCUGGAGUCGGCCCCCAGAAGCUUCAGGCAGGGCCAGGCCAGGUCUCCUUCACUGGACUGUAGAAAUUCCAUUAAACUCUCACUGUAAUUGAAAAA